AUGCCCCGGGAAUUUGCUGGUCACACGAAUCCUAACUAUAAUGCCACGCCAUCUCCGCCUAACAGGGAAGGUGGAUUUGAGAUAUCUCAGUAUGAAAGAGCUGCAAACAGGCCACGGCCACCAUCUAUGGCAUACCCAUCUGAUCCCGGAGCCCAGCGCCAGUCAUUGCCCCCGCCUCCUCUUCCUCCUCCCCCGCAGAGUAGAUCUGUUUCUCAAAGUCGAGUUGAAUACCACGGUAUGCCCUAUAAUGAUCAAGCAGCGCAAUACAACGCCGCAGUGAGCCACAGGCCUAGAUUUCCAGAGUAUGGCCAAGGCCAACCUGUGCACGGCUUCACAGACCAACCCUCUACAACCCGUACCCACUUCGAGGGUUUAUCCCGGCCACCGUCGUCUCGGAGAGCCGCAUCUGCUGGUGCGGUAGUAAGCAGUGCGGGAUCAUCGAGGGCAACGAGUCAGACACGAACUGGGUCGCCGUCAAAUAGCAACUGGGAGCCUGGAAUGCCACUUCCACCACCACCUCCAGGGCCACCACCGGCUGCGAGGUCUGUCAGUGCGAGCGGCUCGUCGGAAUCAUCUAUGAGGACACCACAGGGGUCGGCCAGGACGACGAGGAGGGCGCCUCCGGUGCUAGGUACAGGACUGGGAAGCAUCCCACCUACACCUGCCGACUGGAUAGACGAGGGAUAUCUAAACAGUCGACCAACGGAAAAUCUAUACAUUGACACGGCAAAGGCGGCCAAGGCACCAGAGCCAGAUGAGAGCUCGAACAACCAGCGGACACCGGGAAGCGGUGGUCUUUUCCGCAGUUCAGCGGUCCGUGAUCCAAGUGCUAAGGGUAUCCGUGAAAGGCGAAUUGAGCGACGCAAUCGGCAAAGCCUAGUCUUCGAACCUCCUAGUGCGGUGUCUUCGUGUAAUCCUUGGGCCGAAGCUCUCGAGCAAAUCAAACCAUCGAACUUGGUUCUGCCAGAUAAUAGUCCAGAUCAAGAUCGGCAUCCGGCGUCGGGCAAGCACGCUCAAACACCCCUCAGUACCCGCAGCACAAGGUCAGAAGGACAGUUCGCUCCGACGCGCUCUCGAGCAUCCUCCAACGGUAUCUUGCCAGAGCAGUCGCCCUACGGAACUCCCAGACAGCAACCUAGCUCUGCCGGCCCCACCGCUGCGUUCGCACAUACGCCUCCUUUCUCGCCAAAUCCAAAUGAAGCGGGCUCUUCGGCAUAUCCAAAAGAAGCCAGUCAAGCAGUACCACCAAAGGCACUGCCAACUCCGCCUUUGAACUCGGCGAAAGAGGUCCGGCCACGCUCACGCUCCCGCGCUCCUUCCCAAGGACCAGAAGACCGCCCACUCUCUCAUAUUCUUCACAUGCCCAACGAUGCCAUUUCCAUGAUGAAACCUUUGUCUCCACGCCGAACUCCUGGACAACAGCCGAUGCAGGUGUCUAUGGAAUCUAUUUUGAGACAAGAUCCUGCCUUCCUACAGGAUGCCGUUCAACGGCACAAGGCUUUUAUCGAGAAGGAGGCUAGUGUCGAAGAUGACCUGGAAGCACUCAAGAUCUUCGCAGAUUACAUGAUUUCUGAAUCCCAGAUCCGUCGCCAGCGAUACUCCAAGGUCUGGGAUUCUUUCCAAGAUGACGAUGUACGUCGCAACCUCUUCAGUCUACCCGUCAAGCAAACACCGAAGCCUAAACCUCAGCCAACACUGGAUAUCCCGCAAAAUAGAGCGGGUCGGCCAGAGUCUACCUGGUGGAACAACUACCAGCCUUGCCUGUCUCCGAUAGCUAGCUUGAAUAUGAGCAACGAAGAAAGCUCGCGAGGCCGCGCACCUAGCCGCUGGUGGGAAUCUAAGACUGGUUCAAGCGGCGAAGGAGCCGAGAGGAGGCUCCAACGAUCCAAGCGAGAAUCAAAAUACAUGGGCUUGCCCCGGGAGGCCAUGCAGUGGGACCAGGAGUUAACUCCCUCUCAGCCCAAGGACGUGAGCAUGACUUAUGGCAAUCCGGAUGGCUCCGAUGAGUAUCCACCCGAAAAGGUCGGCUGGCAUGACGGGUCUUCGCCUGCCAAUUCCACGGGAACUGGAUACCGCUAUGAAAGCCGUAAUCUGGACAUCUCGCGGUUGAUCACCUUGCCCCCACCUUAUCCCCGGCACCAUCCUGCUGUGAAUAACAGUCAUCCUGAUUUGGUCACCCAUCGAACCACUGUCCGGUCAAUCACCGAUCUCACGGAAAUCAAAACUACUAGACAUCGAUACAAGGCUGACGUGGAGCGAAUGCUUCAAGAGCACCAGCAAUGCGUUGAUGAAGGUCACCGUAACUUCCGGGCCAACAUCCAAAGCCAGAUCCAAGAAGGCAGUCUCACAUUUGCCGAGGCAGCAGAGGCGGAGGCCGCGAUGAUAGUCGAGGAGAACGAACGGGAAAGAGUUAUGCUCAAACGCCAGCUUGACACUUACCAAGAGACAGUGCUCAAGCCGAUGAACGCCAUUCUCAUUGACCGGAUUGCCCGGGCAACAGCCUGCAUCGACGAGCUGAGCAGCAUGCUCUUCGACGACGCACAAAGCGGGACACCCGACCAAACCCAAGAAGAAGGCGAUGAAAAGCCCGAGCUCCUAGAGAAACUGACGCAGUUAAAAUGGCUAUUCGAAGCGCGCGAGCAGCUCCACCGCGAAUCAUUCGACCUGAUCAGCGACCGCGACGACAAGUACAAGGCCGUCGCACUGCUACCCUACAAGCAGAGCAAGAACGAGGACAAGCUACGCGAAACACAAGCAUUCUUCACACAGGACGCGCUAAACCGGCGCGUACAGCACGAAAAAGAGGCCCACGCCCGCCUCGAAACAUUCCUGGAUGUCAUCGAGCAGAACGUCAUGCGCGGCGUCGAGGUGCAAUUAUCCGCAUUUUGGGAUAUUGCCCCGUCUCUGCUGGCUCUUGUGCAGCAGGUGCCUGAAGACCUGCGCGGUUUCCAGGUGCAGAUUCCCGCGGACGAAUACGAGGAGAACCCAAGCUACCACGAGCAUCCGCUGCAGUAUCUGUAUACUCUGCUGUCGCAUGCGGAGAAAUCAAGUUACCAGUUCAUUGAGUCGCAGACGAACCUACUGUGUCUUCUGCACGAGGUGCGGUCUGCUGUUAUGCGGGCUAAUCAGAAACUGGUGGAGGUGCAGCGCAUCAAGCGUGGAGAGGCGGAGGAGGAUGUACGGAGGGAGAUGCAGGAGACUCGUGCGGAUGAGGAACUGGCCCUUACGACUGAUCUUAAGGAUAAGGUUGCUACCGUUGAGGGUCAGUGGACUGAGGCAUUGGGGAGCCAGAUUGAGGGACUCAGGGCACGGGUCAAGGAACAGCUUGUCAGUGAGGAUGGUUGGGAGGAUUUGGAACGAUUGGAGGAAUAG